AUGCCUCCGCGGGUACCCGUAUCAUCAUUCCGGCGACAAGCCCUGCGAUGCCCAUAUGAACUUCGAAUCGCCAGGGCUGCCACCACCGCUGCGGCACCGGCCGUCACACCAGCUGCGCCGAUUGAGCAAAUGACACGCUCGCCAGCUCCCAUUGCGCGUACUCCUCCCACUCAGCCACCAUCGCAUCGCAGUCCUGAAUACCGCCGGUCCCAACUUCUCCGCCAAUACACCUCCUUGCUCCGUACCUCCCCUCUUAUGGUGCUUUUCCAACACAACAACCUCAAGUCCACGGAAUGGGCUGCUAUUCGACGAGAGUUGACCAAGGCCUUGCAGAAGGUUGAUGAAAAGAUCGCUGCCGAGGGCCGGACAUCCCCGGAGUUGGCUUCUUAUAUCAAGCUGCAGACUGUCCAAAACAGCAUCUUCGAGGUGGCUAUUCGUAUUGUCGAAUACUUCCGGCCUAGCCAGGAUGCGCUUGCUUCUGGAAAACCCCCCAGCGCCGUCGACCCUGUCACCCAGACCUCUGCCGAACUCCCUGCUUUCUCCGGUUCCAGGGAUGACCCGGCCCUGACCCACGACUUGUCUCGCGCUGCUCACAUUGCCGUCAAGAACAUGAAGGGCAAGCACGAGCUCGCCGAAAUCCUCACUGGUCCCAUCGCCGUUCUCUCCAUUCCAAUCGUCUCACCCGAACACAUGAAGGCCGCUCUCUCUAUUCUCACCCCCAAGGAAGCCGGCUUCCCUGCACCCACUCGCAAGGGCAACCCGGAUUACCACGAUCCCACCGUCCAACUCGGUCUGCAGAAGCUGAACUUGCUUGGUGCCCGCGUGGAUGGCAAAGUGUUUGAUAUCGCCGAGACCAAGUGGGUCGGCAGCAUCGAGGGCGGUAUGGAUGGUCUUCGCUCCCAGCUCGUUAUGGCUCUCCAGAGCAUGGGUUCCAGUGUUACCAACACCUUGGAAGGGGCUGGCAAGAGCCUCUAUUUCACCAUGGAGAGCCGGAGAAGUGUCUUGGAGGAGGAGCAGAAGGGCGAGGGUGAGAAGAAUGAAUCGUCCUAG